AUCUAUCUAUAUUUAAUUAGGAAUAUCCGGUUUUCUAUUUUUAGUUGCAGCGUUUCAACGAAUUCGGCCGGUUUUCUGAAAACCAAACAGAAGAUAUCAUAGUUUCUUAUUUAUUGUAACGAAGUAAGAGAAAUGGCUAAUUUCACUGUAAUAAGCAGAUCUGAAAAAAACACAAUCGAACAUGACGCCAAGUUAAUAGAAGUACUUCUAUCAUCGGCAAAAGCGGGUCAAUGGCAAAACGUCUGGCGGAUUCUUGGAGAGCCCGAGAGGCCAUUAAGAGACAGGCUUUUCAACGUUAUUCCAGAAAAUCGACGUUGGGGAAUAUUACAUCAAGCAGUUUAUUGGAACAAAGAAGAUAUCAUGCGAAAGCUUUUAAGAUAUCAAGCAUGCGAUAAGAAUAUACUUGCUAAACAGUGCACAUCUGAAUGUGGCAGGACAGAUGGAAUGAAUGCUGAGCAGAUUGCCAAGGCAUACGGAUAUAAAGGGAUGUCAGGUAUUCUAUCCACACACAAAAAUGCAGUUACAGCGCAACAGACACCAACAUUUCAGUCUGUUGACAACUAUACACAGGCGGAAAGUCUUGGGCUGAUAACUGUUUCGCUUGCUGCGUAUAAGAAAACGUUUCACCCCACAACAAUAGACCCUAACAAAUCCGUUGUUACGGUCCUUGGCGACAUUUUCAACGACAUAAAUCGAUCAGAAUCUCGUUGGAAAGAAGUCAGAGAUAAAGUCUGCGAUGCCGUUUUCGUGGUUUGUGAAGAAAAUUAUACGAAGAUAAAGAGCAGCCAAAGCCGCAAUGAUUUCUUCAAAGCAAUUAUAAACACGUACACGAUGGAGGAGAACUAUAUGUACACGUACUUAAAUAUUGCGUUUCGAAGACAAAGGGAGACGUCAUAUUUACCAACUGGAAAUGAUCUGUCGCUUGGACCGUACGCUGUCAUGUAUCAAAUGCUUCUGUUAUUUUGGUCAGAUUUACCACGCGAAAGUAGAACGACGUACAGGAAAAUGUUGUUGACAAAAGCAAAUUGUGACCAAUAUGUCAAUGGGAAACGGUUUGUUUGGCAGUCAGUCGUAUCGUCGUCCACUGAAAUGAGAAACGCUAUACCUUUCCCGACAUGCGGACCAGAGGGUGAACAAUCAGUUAUUUUCACAAUUGAUAACAGAGCCAACAGUCAAUGGCAGCCUCGAAAUAUUGAGAAAUAUGCCAUGUACAUGGAGCAUGAGAGAACCUACCCAGCUGGUGCCAAGUUUCAAGUCACGGGAAGAUCUGUAAAGGGUUCGGACACCCACGUCUAUCUCAAGCUUCUACCAAACUAAAUCUUAGAUUAUGUUGGCAUGGCUGGGGGGGGGGGGGGAGGUUUCAACCCUAAAUAAAUAAUAAUUUUUCUUCGAUAAUUUACGUAAUAAAUCAUUUAAAAUAUAAAUUGAACCAGUAAUAGAGAGUUAAAUGUUCGAACGUGUAAUUUUCUAUUUCAAGUUUACUUAAUUAAAUAUUUUAUAGACAACCCUGUUAAUACUUUGGUUUUGAUACCCUUUUUUAGUUUAAUUUAUAAUUGAUAUUUUUAAACAACAUUAUUUUAGUUAUUUUUGGCAAAAGUAACGGAAAUUCAAUUAUGUUGAUAAACAUAUUAACCAAGAUAAGCAAGUUAAUCCAUGCCUGGCUAUAUAUGAUGAAUAUAUAUAUUAUGUAUACACGUAUAUACACGAUGAACAAGCUUUUAUUAAUCAAUAUUUAAAACCUAGAUGAUUGUAGAGUAUACCACUGUUUACAUAGCAUCAUAAUAUCUAUUAAAUAAUUAACUGCUUAAAUCCUUCUUUUUAAGAAAGCAUGAUGGAGUGAACAAUUUUGUGUUAUAUCGAUUACAAUGUAUGCGUUUAUUGACCAGUUAUUAUAUGAGCCAAAUCGAAACGGUACUACUUAAUGUUUACAAAGCACCAAAUGUGUAAGUGUGGAUAUUUUCAGCAAUGGUUUAAUUAUCGUAGUACCAAUGUUUUUAAAUGUUAAUCUCAUGUUAAAUAAAUUUUGUUGAAGGGCAUA